UUGUUUUUCAAUCAGAAUCCCAAUGCGGUGAGUGGGAUUUGUAGCAAACAUUCACAGGAGAAACUGAAGCAUAUAUUCGACCAAAACAUGUUUAAGUCAUGGAGGAGCGACAAGAAAAAGAUCAAAGUUGUAUUUCAAUUGCAGUUUCAGGCAACUCAGGUGCCACGGUUGAAAAAGUCUGCGGUAACGAUAGCACUGGUGCCGGAGGAUAUUGGAAAGCCGACACUGAGAUUAGAGAAAGUCGCAGUUCAGGAUGGCAGUUGUUUGUGGGAGAAUCCUGUCUAUGAAACUGUGAAACUCAUCAGGGAGCCAAAAACAGGGAAACUGAGUGAAAAAAUAUACCAUUUCGUUGUUUCAAAUGGAUCAUCAAAAGCAGGUUUUCUCGGUGAAGCUUCAAUUGAUUUUGCUGAUUUUGCAGCAGAAACUGAACCAAUUACUGUCUCUCUGCCCCUUAAGUUUGCCAACUCUGGUGCCAUUCUACAUGUGACAAUUCACAAAAUUGAGGGAGCAGCAGAUCAGAGAUAUCUUGAAGAAAGUGAAGGUUUGGCCAUUUCCCGGGAUGGAAGCUUACAAAGCCAAGACAACAAUUACACUGUACAUGAAAAUGACCAAAACUUCACAGAAGAUGGGCACUUGAAUAUGACCACAUAUCAGAUGCCUCAGAAGGGAACAGAUGCUGUCACGACUAAGAAGCAGAAGCAUAGGAGAACAAACACAGAUUGGUCAGUCAGUUCAACUUCAGAUGGAAGUUUAGUUGAGUCAGGUAAUAGCCCUGAAGACAUCCCAAGAGAAUGGCAAGAGGGAUCAGAAAAUUCUGUUGAGAAACUCAGAAGUGAAAAUGCUAUGUUAUUGAGGCAGGUAGAAGUAUCAGAAUUAGAGUUGCAAUCUCUUAGAAGACAGAUUUUGAAAGAAAGCAAACGAACGCAGGAUCUGUCAAGACAAAUUAUCAGCUUUAAAGAAGAAAGAGAUGCAGUGAAGAUAGGGUUUGAAGGACUCAAAUCAAAGAAAACUACAGAUGAGCCAGAAAUUGAAAGCCAGUUGGAAGCUGAGAAUGAGGAGUCAACGGUUCUGCUAGAAGAAAUUAAGCAGGAACUGAAUCAUGAAAAGGACUUGAAUAUCAAUCUUCGUUUGCAGCUGCAGAAGACACAGGAUUCAAAUUCUAAUCUGAUUCUUGCAGUAAGAGACCUCAAUGAAAUGCUAGAGCAAAAGAACAGGGAAAUAUCUCGCCUGUCCAGCGAGAUAGAAGCAAGUACGAGUAUUGAAGAGGUGCAAUCAAGUUCUAAAUGCCAAACAAAUGAGGCUGAUGAACAGAAUGCAAUGAAAGAAUUCAAAAAUGAAGAACAAGAUGUCAAUGAAGUACACAUGAUGAAGCAGACUAAUGCAGACCUGAAUGCAGAGUUAGAGUUUUACAGGAAACAUAAAGAGGAGUUAGAGAUGCAUAUAGAAGAACUGAGCCAGGAAAAUGAGGUCCUAAAGCGGGAAAAUGACAAUAUCUCUUCCCAGUUAAAGCAAAAUCUGCAAGAAUCACUGAAGACACAAAAUGAAUACUCAGAAUAUUUGGCUACUAUAAAUGAACUUGAAUCUCAAGUGCAAAGACUGGAGGAUAAAAUCAAGCAGCAGUCAGAAGAAUACUCAGAAUCUUUAGUUGUCAUUAAUGAACUUGAAUGCCAUGUCAAAGAAUUAAAGAUAGAACUGGAGAAUCGGACACAAAGAUUUGAAGAUGACCUGAAUGCCAUGAUAGAGUCUAAAACAGAGGAGGAACAUAGGGCUAUCGGAGCAGAGGAGGCAUUAAGAAGGACAAGGUGGAAAAAUGCUGUAACUGCUGAGCGGCUUCAGGAGGAAUUUAAGAAGCUAUCUGUUGAAAUGGCCACUAAGUUUGAUGAGAAUGAAAAGAUGACCAUGAAAGCAGUUGAAGAAGCAAAUGAACUGCACAUUCAAAAAAGAAAUCUGGAAGAAAUGCUCCAGAAUGCCAAUGAAGAGCUCGGGCUACUUAAGGAUCGGAUUGGAAUUGAACGGCAAGACCUUUCACACCAACUAGAUCUCAAAACAAAACAAAUAGAGCAAAUGUCAACGCAACUUAAUGAUAUGACUAUGCGACUUGAAUAUGCACAAAAGCAAGUGAAGGAAAAGCAGGAGGCUUUCUCAAAUGAAAUCCAAAUGCUCAGAACUGAAAGUGAGAAGCUCAAAGAGCAGAAAUGCCAAUUUUCUGAUCAGGCAAAAGAAAACGGAAAGCAAAGUGAUGAAACCAAAAAAUUGAAGACAUCAAAUGACAAAACAGAGAUGCUGAUACAAAGAUGGAAUAAAGAAAGAGAUGAAUUGGAGAAAAAAAUCACUUCAGCAAAGAUGGAAGCAGAGAAGGCGCAGAAACAAUUAAUUAGUACUAGGUCUUUGAAGGAUAAAAAAGAGAUGAUGAUCACAAAUUUGCAGUCAGAAAUGGAAAACAUUAAAGUUGAGUACAAUGACUUAAAACAUAGCUUGAUCCGAGAAGAAAUGGAGACAGAAAAACUGAGAAAACAGGUGUCUCAGUUAAAGAACGAUCUGCAGAGGAAGGAAGAAGAAAUCAGCUCUAUAGAAGAAGAAGUAAAAAAUAAUGGUGGUCAAGCGGACAUCAAUCCAAGGAGCAGCCGCUCUACCUCAGCUCCUCAUGACUCCAAGGAUAUUACUAGUUUCCAGAAGAAAUUAAGCUUGCUUAAGGAACUGACAAACCUCAAGGAAGCUGCAUUGAAAACAUCAGCUAAUUCAGUUCCAGAGAAGGAAAGAAAUCUCAGCAACAUGAUUGAUGAGCUAGAGAGCAGCAUGGAACAACUCAAAAUUUGUCAUUGUCUUUCUGAAGAUCAGUGUCAAAAGGUAUGUGGAUUACAAUUAGAAAAAUGCAUCCACUAA